UAGAUAGAAAGCCGAAUGAAGUAAGCAGAGCGGGAAAAGCGCUGAGCGCGUAUGUUGAUGUUUUGCACUUUUCUUUGUCGCAGUCGCGCGUGUAUUUUACGGCAAGUUUGGUGACUCGAUCGGCGGACCCGGCGGAAGCUGUGCAGCACAAGUGAAAUCGCACCGCAGUGCACCACCACGACGGGCAUUGUUGUGUGUCCGUGUCCCUUCACGGCGUACUGCGCGUGUAGUGUGUGUGUGUGUGUGUGUGUGUGGAUAAUUCUAGAACACAGGUCCGGCAGCUCCCAGCGGCAGUUCCCGGGUCCCGGGUGCUUUGCGUUUCCUGUCGUGUGAUCGUUGGAAGUGACGGUACGAUGGCAAAGGUGCACAUCACGAACGUGGUGGUGCUGGACAAUCCCAGCAGCUUCCUGAACCCGUUCCAGUUCGAGCUGACGUUCGAGUGCAUCGAGGAGCUGAAGGAGGACCUGGAGUGGAAGAUGAUCUACGUCGGGUCGGCCGAAUCGGAAGCGUUCGACCAGGUGCUGGACACGAUCUACGUCGGCCCGGUGCCAGAGGGCCGCCACAUCUUCGUCUUCCAGGCGGAUCCGCCGAACGUGAGCCGCAUCCCGGAGCAGGACGCGGUCGGCGUGACGGUGGUGCUGCUGACCUGCUCCUACCGCGGGCAGGAGUUUGUGCGCGUCGGCUACUUCAUCAACAACGAGUACGCUGAUCCGGAGCUGCGCGAAAACCCACCGCUGAAGCCGCUGUUCCACAAGAUGACGCGCAACAUACUGGCGUCUAAGCCGCGCGUCACCCGCUUCAAGAUCAACUGGGACGAUGCGCCGGCAAACGGGGGGGUGCCCGGUGGCUCAUCCAACGGGCUGCUGAUGGAUGGAGAGGAGGAGGUGCAGCCGGACGAGAUGGGAGACAGUGGCCACACGAACGGUGGCGGCGACGAUCAGCAGAUGGUGGACGGCGGAUCGGACAGUGGCUCACAGCAGCAGCACCCGCACCAUCCGCAUCAUCUGCAUCAUCCGCCCGGCAUGCUGGGGGCGGUGCACGAUGACGACAACAGUAUCGCGAUGCCCGCGACGGAAAUGCCGGAAUUCAACGAAAACUCCAACUCGCUGGCGAUGGAAUGCUGAGCGAUGGCAGCGCUCGCGUUUGGGUUGCAAAUGGACGAUGCCCUUGUUCCCACCUUCUCAAACAGACCUUGUCGUCGUCGUCGUGGCGGUAUCAUCUGCUUUAGGGCUAGAAUAUAGAGUUAUUAUGUAUAGAGUUAUUCAAAGCAACACAGAAAGAGAGUGAGAGAAAGAGAGCGGAGCGGCCUACUUUUGUCAACUGAUGGCGUGCCGUUUGCGCCGACUUUCUUGUCUCGCGAGCGGCCUCCUGCCGUAUGUUUGUGUGAGGUUUGCGUGUGUGCCGCGCCUGAAAUUUUCAGCGAUUGCUUCGAUUUCGAUUCAGCUCAUUUGUGUGUCUUUCUUUUUCUUUGGACUCAAGUCUUGCUCGUACGAGCGCAGAAGCGUUUUGUUCGGAGAUCAAUCAACGUUCCCCCAGUUCAGCACCAAAAAUUAUCCCGUUCGGA